AUGACGCUGCCCAUGGAAGGUCGGCGACUGGAGGAGACUGAACGCGCCAAGAGGGGUGCUACACGUGCAGCGAGGCUGCAAGAUGAGGGACUAGCCCUGCAUGCUUCUGCAUGGCUAGCAGUCGUACCAGCAUGGCUGCCAGCUGGACUGACGCAGGUGGCGUGCGCAAUUCUGGCAGUGGCAUUUGUGUUCCACAUCUUCACCGCCUUGCGCAACAGGCCUCGAAAACCACAACACGCCACUGCAGCGCCGCCCACUCCCACGCCACAUGUCACCCCUGGUCCAGGCCAGUCAGCAGCAGACAUUGGACACCCCAGCACAGAGGAGGAGCAGGCGCAGCGGAUGCGCGCGACUGCCGAGGCCGGGGCCGCCACAUUCGGCGCAGCCAGUGCAAAGCCGGCAAAACAGCGGCCGCCUGAUGCCCUUGCGCUGCUGCAGAAGCAGCAUGAGAGCACUGCAGUCAACAGCAAUGACAGCAGCACUGCGGAUCCAGAUGCAGAGCAUUCCGGUGAGACGGCUGUGUCAGAGAACGCUGGCAGUAGAACAGCAGUGGGAAAGCCUGCAGAGGAGACAGGCAAGGCUGGAGCCAGCAAGCGGCAGGAGAGAGCUUCCAGCAGGUAUAAGACUGAGGGCAGGGAGAUGUACAUCAGGAGUGGGGUGUGGCAGUCAUGGGGACCCGUAGCAGCAGCUUCUGAGGCAGCUUCAGUGAAGCCGCCUAACCAGAGUAACCAGAGGGAGGAUAGGGAUGGGGUGGUAAGUGACUUGGGCAGCAGGACGCCUCCAGAGAGUCCAAUCAGCUGGGGCCUGUAUGCAAGGAGCUACGCCAGUGUGCAGGGGAAGCUGAGCCCUGCUCUGAGGGGCCAGCCUGGCAUGGCUGCAGCUAGGAGAACUGACCAGCCGCAAUCUCCUGCCACUGCUGAGACUGUGGAGAGCACAAUAGACCACGCAGGAGGGCAUGCAGAGGCGCUUGGCAACAUUGUUCCAAGCCGCACGGCCCAGACGGAUCGAGGCAAGCAUAAGGCUGAACCAUCAGAGCAGCCUGAAGGCAGCAGAGGCUCUCCAAAAGGCAAUGGCGAGAUGCAAGCGGAGAAGCAAGAGGGGCGUCAGGGUCAUGGCAAUGCAACGGGUGCAUCAGGAUUGCAGCAAGUGUUGGGCAAGGAAGCAAAGAAGAUGUCACAUGCCCUUCGCAGCAUCUAA